UCCGGCGGAAGUAAACAACAAGGCGCUAGCAUCGUUAGCUUCCAGGUUUUCUUCUGUUUAUCGUCGGUUUUUGCUGUGUGAGCUGAAUAUUUCAGAGUCUGCAGUAACAACAUCUUCGGUUCAUCAUCUGAGAGAAUUGAUCAGAGAGCGACUAACUGCUGCUGCUGGAGAAAUAUUCAGAAACAUCGUUCAUUAGGAGGAAGAGAUCGAUCAUCAGCUCAGACUGCUGGAUAUCAGCUGGAAAACCCAGAUCAGAUCAGAACCUACAGGUCUUCCACAACAUCAUGUCUGUUACUACCUGGAAGGUUCUUGAUGAUCGUUUUCUCAUAACUGAAGAGAGGAACUCCUUUGUUGACCACAAGAUACAAAACAGUAUAAAAAUAAAAGAGGAACCAGAACCUCAACCAAUUAAAGAAGAGCAGGUUGAACUGUUGAUCUUUCAGGAUGAAGGACAGCUUUUAGUGAAGCAGGAGACCAACAGCCCUAUGGCGACUGCUGAUGAGGAAAUAUUCAACAGUGAACCAGAACAGCAGCAGAUGGUCGAGAGAAAGGACGAACCAGAACCUGUAGAGAUUAAAGACGAACACGAGGAACCUGAACUUAUAGAAAAUAAAGAGGAAGAGGGGGAUCUCUGUAACAAUGAGGAUGGAGAGCACUUUGUCAUUAACCAGGAAGCUGGCAUCUUUAUGAGGACUCCUGGUUGUGAUCGAAAAGACAGCCAUGACCAGGAAACAAACAACCAAAACCUCUCUACAAAUCGCCUUGAAGACAAGAACCAACAUCAGCAAGGAAGCAACCAGAAAGCCUCAGGAUCAAGUAGAGAUAAAGACCUUGAGCCAGAGAAGAGACAUCAGGACACCAGAAAUCACAGAGUCAAUAUGGACAAUUCAGAAUUAAAAAGACAUAAAACAAAUUUGCCUUGCUGUGAAGUAUGUGGCAAAGGCUUUGCUAAGCGUAAGUACGUGACUGUCCACAUGCGAACUCACACAGGCGAGAAGCCAUAUCCUUGUACUUUUUGUGGUAAAUCUUUUAUUGACCAUAGUACUAGAGCCAGACACACCAGAACCCACACAGGUGUAAAGCCUUAUCCUUGUGAACUGUGUGAUAAAUGUUUCACACAACCCAAUCACUUGGCUCAUCACUUAAGAACUCACACAGGUGAGAAGCCUUUCUCAUGUAUGACUUGUGGAAAAGAUUUCACCCAACAGUCAAACUUGACGGUGCACAUGAGAACUCAUACAGGUGAGAAGCCAUAUUAUUGUGAGCUCUGUGAUAAAUCGUUCAUCCAGCCCAGUGGUUUGACUCGCCACCUUAGAACCCACACAGGUGAGAAGCCUUUCUCAUGUCUGACCUGUGGAAAAGGUUUCAUCCAGCAGUCUAAUCUGACAGUGCACAUGAGAACUCAUAUGGGUAAGAAGCCAUCAUUCUCAGUCUGAUUUAAAUUGACUAACAAAAGGGUCAUUCUUAUUUACAAAGUAAGGAGCAAAAAUCAGAUCGGUUUUAGUAUUAAAGGAGAAUUCGAAUGUCUUUUUAAAGCCACUGGGCCAUCUGAUCAAAUCUUAGAUUUGUAGUUAUUACGGGGAGAGUUUAGGAGGACACUGUAAAUGCCACCCCUGUGAUGCCCCCUCCAGGAUACUCCAUACAGGUUGGUAACUGAAGCAUGUAAUGGUAAAUAGAAAUUAUUGAUUUAAUUACUAAUGACCUUCAUAAAAUAUAAAGACACCCCGGAACAUAAAUGUCUCUCCUUACCUACAAAAGGGUCAAAUGCACACGGUCACACAGUGACCAAAAUUACAACAAAUGACUCCCAACGCACCAUCCUGAGUGUCGGCGUUCCCCUGGGUAAGGCACUUAACCCUAGUUGCCUAUCGAUCUGUGUAUCCGUGUAUGAAUGUGUGUAUGUUUGUAAGUACGACUGGGUGAAUGUGGCUAGAGAAACACUAUUUAAAUUUAGUCCGUCAACCAUUCUUGAUGUUAGAAUGAAGAAAACUCUCAAAUGUUUUAAGUCCUACAUGAAGACAAAGUUUGUUAGAUUUAGUGGUUUUUAUGCUGUUGAAUUACUAUUUUGCAAGAAGCAUUUGUGUCAUUUUUGGACUUGGACCUAAAUUUAAAACCAGUGUUUUUAAACCAGCUGGCUAUCCUCUUAAAAACAUUGCCAGGAUGAAUGUUUCUACAGAAGAAACUGGUGUAUGCUUUUAUCUUAAGCAGGUCAGAUUAUUGUAAUGGUGUCUUUACCGCUCUUUGAUUUUAUUUUCUAUGUUUAACAAUCAACCAGGCAACUGCAGCCAGAGUUCUGACCAACACCAGGAAAAUAGAGCAUAUCAGAACCAGUUCUUAAAUCACUGUACUACCUGUUUAUGAAAGAACAGAUUUUAAUAUUCUUCUGCUGGUCUAUAAAGCACUGAUUGGUUUUGGGUCAAAAUACAUUUCUGAGUUUUUUGUUAAGCAUGGAGACCCCUGAGAUCGUCAUAGUUCUGCUUACUCUGUGUUUCCAGGACCAGAACUAAACAAGGCAAGGCAGCAUUCAGCUUUCUAUCAGUAAUGAACUGUUAGCCUGACAACUGAUGAAUGACUCCAACGUUCAUACUUUAAUAUUUAAAACUUUGAUCCCUCUUUUUGAACCAAGCUUAAAAGUUUUUGUUAUUUUGAUGUCGUUAAAGGACUUGAGAUGUCUUUGUGUAUGAGUGGUGCAAUACAACUAAACUUCCCCUGCAUGUCGUCUUGUUCCCUGCUAUAUUUUAUCUUGGUUGUAGUUUUGUUCCUUGUGGUUCAUGUAAAGAACUUUGUAAUUUAGGUAUUAAAACCCUUCCUUCAUUGUGUUAAAGGUUUACUGAAGUGUUCAUAUAAAGUUUUCUGAGGGUUUACAUGAA